AGGGCGAGCCGGGCCGAGCCGAGCCGGGCCGGGCCGGGCCGGGCCGGGAGCCGCCAUGGCGGGGAGUCAAGACAUGUUCGACGCCAUCGUGAUGGCGGAUGAAAGGUUCCACGGGGAAGGAUACCAGGAAGGCUACGAAGAAGGCAACAGUUUGGGUAUAAUCGAAGGAAGACAGUACGGCACGUUGCAUGGAGCCAGAAUUGGAUCUGAGAUUGGGUGCUAUCAAGGCUUUGCUUUGGCUUGGAGAUGUCUCCUGCACGGCUGUGCCACCGAGAAAGACAGCAAAAAGAUGAAGGCCUUAGAGUCGUUGAUUGGGAUGAUUCAGAAGUUCCCUUACGAUGACCCCACUUACGAUCACCUUCACGAGGACUUAGACAAAAUUAGAGCGAAAUUUAAACAGCUUUGUUCAUUGCUAAACGUUCAGCCAGACUUUAAAAUUAGUGCGGAAGGUUCUGGACUUUCGUUUUGAGGAUGACAGAUGAACAAAGACGAAACAUCAAGGAACAGAUGUCCUGUUCCCACUUGACAGAUGAGGAAACCGAGACCCGCGGGGACCGCCUGGUGCAAGGGCAUCGGCAGCAGAGCUCGGACUCCGAUCCCACGCCCCCCGUCACCGCAUCUUGCGUGCCUGCCCUGGAAUGUAUGGUCACAGCCUUGGAGUGGGCGGCUGCUCUCAGGCCCGGGGUGUGCGGGUCCCCACUGCGGUCCAUGGAGCCCCUGUGGCCCGCUGACACGGCCUCUGGCCGAGAGGGGGCUUCGGAGGGAGCCGGGACACGCUCUUCGCACUGUCUCCAGAUGGGGCCGGGGCUCUGCAGCAUUAAGGCGGUUAAGGGGGCAGUACCGUAGGCUGAAGACGGAAAGUUCUGCUGCUGCGGUCUCUGCAGACCGGGGGAGCCUUGUGUUGAGGACACUGCGUUUCUCCUGUGACGCCACUUCUCUCGUCUUCUGCCCGCACUUCGCAGGCAUCUGUAUCCAGGGGAGGUGUGGGUUGGGCGGGACAGGGGGUUCCGUCAGUGGUUCUGGGGCAUCCCUCUGCCCCUCCCCAGGCCCUCCGGGGGGCGCCCUCAGCAUUGCUGGCAGGUCCGCCUGCUUCUCUCUGAGGCAGUGUGUCUGAAAGUCAGGCACGAGAUGAAUAAAGGGGUAACUGUGAAUCUGUUCCAGUUUUUAACAUCUUUCUUGAACAUUCCAGCGAUUGCUGCUUUGCCGCACAAGCUGGUGGUCCCGAGCACGUGCCGGAGACUCCAGGCUGGGGCCCUCGCAGGAGCGGGGGUGGGCGUUUGUUUCCCUCUCCUUCGGUUCCCCUGGCCGGCGCGCAGAGGAGGAGACCGGGGCUUGGUCCUGCCACGCUGGCAUGUGCGUCCCUGGCCGCGGCCCUCGGCUCGGUCCCCGCUGAGUUCCUGGGAGCUGGUGUGCUUACGGCUGCGGACAGUGCCUGACCCCUGGCUGGGUCCUGUGGCCACAAAGGCCAGCAGCGGGCAUCCCUCGCCGGUGGGACGGGCCGGGGGUGGGAUGGGGCAACUGGGGUGGUUUUCCUUGGUGGGUUGUUGGGUUUUCUGAGUUCUCUGUUGUGGUGAUAAGUGGAGAGAAAAAUAAAUAGCCCAUUUUAAAGCAAAAA